AUGACGUCUCUGCAGGAUCAAAUUGUUACGGAAUUCGAGCGUGACGGCUUGACAUUCAGACGAGAAUCAUGGUCCCGUCAUGAAGGAGGAGUGGGACUCUCGUGGACUUUCCCCCCUGCACAUUCCACAUCCUCUGACUGCCCCAUCGAGAAGGCCGGCGUAAACGUCUCGACGAUAUAUGGAACCCUCUCCCAGAAAGCCCUCGAACAUUUGAGGCCUUCGCAUGCUUCCUUGAAGGAAGUAAAUCAUAGUUGUUCGUUCUUCACCACCGGCCUUAGCCUUAUGUUACACCCUCAAAACCCUCACGUAUCGACUGUUCACGCAAACUACAGGUACUUUGAAGUGCUUGAUGGCCCCUUGAACCCCCAAGAGUCCACGGAAUCAGUCGAUGAUACAAACUCAUCACCCAAGGUUCUGGCUUGGUGGUUUGGCGUCAUCGCAGACUUGAAUCCAACCUACCUUUACGAAGACGAUGUCAAACAUUUCCACACCACCUUGAAGGAGGCAUGCGAUCUUCACCGCCCGGGGCUGUAUCCAGUCUUCAAGGCGUCGUGCGACAAUUACAUUUACAUUCCCCACAGAAACGAAUACCGUGGUGUCGGCGGUGUGAGGUUUGAUGAGAUGGAUUCCGAUGCUAUGUGUAGUCUUCUGUUGGUCAACGAACCAGAUCUCCCUGAAGCUAUGCUUGCUCGUUUAUCCUCUUGGGAAUCUCUCUUCGAACUUACGCAGAGACUCGGGAACGCCUUCCUUCCGUCCUUCUUGCCCAUCUUAAACAGACGAUCGUCUACUACAGUAACGGCUGCCGAGCGGCGAUGGCAACUGCUACGCCGUGGGCGUGCUGUAGAGUUCAGCCUAAUAGUCGAUCGAGGAACAAAAUUUGGGCUUGCAACCCCUGGAAUAAAGACGGAGAACAUACUGAUCACCAUGCCGCCGGAGGCAAGCUGGGAAUAUAUGAGCGAGAUGGGUGAGGAAGAGGGGACUGAGGAAGCGAAGUUGCUCGAGGUACUACGGUCACCGAGGACCUGGGCAUGA